UGCUCCGGAGAAACGAGGGCGGGGCGGGGCGGGGCGGCGCUGCCCAUCUCAAGUCACGCGGCCGAAGGGCAGUGUAAACACCACCAGGUGACUCCGAAAGGCUCCACAGUCGCCUGAGAUGAGGAAGCUGCAGCUGCGGCCGCCGUCUCGCCGCUAUGGAAGAUAGCCUGGUCCGCGCCUUCGGGGGCCUCAGCCUCCAGCAGCCCCGCCGCCCGCAAGGCAGGCCCCCAGCUCGCCGCUUCAGCAAAAGCCUCUAUUUACUCCGCGGCCUGCCCGGCUCAGGCAAAAGUACUCUGGCCAGGCAACUGAAACAUGAAUUUCCUAAUGCAGUCAUUUUUAGUACUGACGAGUAUUUCAUCACAGAAGAUGGCACCUAUGAGUUUAAUCCUGAUUGUUUGGGAGACGCACAUAUGUGGAACCAGGAAAGAGCACGUAAAGCUAUGAAGAAAGGGAAAUCCCCAAUUAUAAUUGAUAAUACCAACAUCCAUGCUUGGGAAAUGAAGCCAUAUGCGAUAAUGGCGCUUGAAAACAGAUAUAAAGUUAUAUUUCGGGAGCCAGAUACACGUUGGAAGUUCCAUGUUCGGGAAUUAGCUAGACGUAAUCAUCAUGGUGUUCCAUUUGAGAAAAUACGAUGGAUGAAAGAUGAAUAUGAGCAUAAUGUUACCUUCCAUACAGUGCUUCAUUCUGAAGAACCAGCCAGAUACUGCAAUUCUGGACGUUAUUCUCGUCCGAAUUCAGCUUUUUCGAACAACAGAAUGAAUAGGUCAUGAAAUUGAAGGAUUUUAAUGGGAGACCUAGUGGGAGAUUUUAGUGGGAUUUUAUAGAUUUUUAUCAAUUUGUAUAUUGUUUUAGAUUAUUAGCAAUUUUCUAUUUUUCUAUUGAACGAAAGUAGGUUUUAACUCAUUUAAAUUUGAUGUUCCAUAAUUCUUGCAGAUUUUAAAGAAAAUUAUAGAAGAAAUGAUUUAAACAAUCAUAAUCUUAUUGUUGCUUUUUCACAUUUUUAGUUUAUUCUUUUCUGCAACCAUUUUCAUACUAGGCUUUGUAUUCACCCAAAAAAUUACAGGGUGGCACCUAUUUAGGUUUACAUAUGUCAGCCAAAUACCAUGUUGACUGUUGGCAUUAAAAUGCUAAUUAUGAUAUAUGAGAUAUUUUCAUACAUUAAGAAAAGCAAUUCUGUGGUAGCAGCAGCCAUAAAUGUGUUUGAUUUUUUCACUCAGGCUAAAAAUAGGACUCUAAUCCAAUGGCAAACCUUUUCUAUUUAUGCCUUUACCACUAUCCAGUGUAUCAAAAGCCUGAGCCUUCAAGAGAACCAGAACCAACCAAAAUGUUAUGAAUGGGUGUGGGUGAAGCUUUUGAGCUGUAGGAUAAGUAAACCUGAAGCUGCUCCCCAAACCAGUAUAGAUUUGUGAAAUCCUCAGAAUGAUCUUGUUUCUUAAGCCCUAUGGUUUCUGUGUUUCAGAUUCUCUGUUUUUAAAAUGUGUAUCCACAGUAUGUAGGUUUUUUUUUUCAAAUUUUAAUUUUCUCUUUAAAAAAUCCUAUUCAGUGUGUUGUUCAAAGAAAUGAGGUGCUUCAUUAGAUUCCUAUUUUUGAAUUCCUAGUUCUGGUGGGUUUUAUACGAUCUAGUAGUAACUUGCUA